CGCCCCCACUCCUAUCCGCAGAGUACUACAUCACCAGAGGGAGGUUGCGAGUUGCGACCGGGGGCCGGCCGACCGAGCCAAAGUACGCUACCACUCUUGCUGCACCGACCGCGAGGGUGCAACAACGACUUACAUAUAUAUAUAAAUAUCCGCGCCGCAGCUAGCUAGCUAGCAGAGCAGCCCGGCCGAAGCCGUGUAGCCUAGCCUCCUCACAUAUAGCAGCAGCAGGACGAGAUCGUCGAUCGAUCGAUGGUGUCUCUGCAGCCCUCAUCAGCGGCGCCGCUCCUGCCGGAGGCCGCCACCGCGAACAAGCUCCCGCCGUGGCUCUCACUCGUCGGCAGCGUCGUCGCCUCCUCCACGGGUACGGCGGCCACCAGCAAGAAGCGGAAGCGGGACGGCAGCGGCUGCGGCGGCGACGACGACGACCGUGGCGAGGUCGUGGACGGGAUCGAGCUCAAUUUCGACGCCGCGCCGCUGCCUCCCGAGUGGCAACGCUGCCUCGACAUCAAGUCGGGGCAGAUCUACUACUACAACACGAGGACGCAGAAGCGGACGUGCAAGGACCCCAGGGGCCACGGGCUGCAGUCGGACUACCGCGCCGAAGAAGGCCAGGAGGAGGAGGAGGACUCCGCGAAUUGUGCGCCGCCGGGGCUGGACCUGGAGCUGAACCUCACGUUCGAGCCGCGCCGAGUGCUCGCCGCCCACAGGAAGACGAUGAAGAGGGCCAACAAGCAGCCCGCGGAGGAGGAGGAGGCCGAGGACGACGACAGCAGCAGCAGCAGUAGAGAGAUGGUGGCUGGCGUGUGCGUGCGGUGCCACAUGCUGGUGAUGAUGUGCCGCGCCAGCCCGGCGUGCCCCAACUGCAAAUUCCUGCACCCACCCAGCCGCGCCGCGCCGCCGCCGCCGCCGCUCAAGCUCGGCCUCCAGCUGCUCUGCUGCAGGGACUAGAGACCAAAGCGUCCCAACGAGACCCAUGGAUGGGCUCCCCCAGCAGGCAUAUGCGUGCACCAGUACAACGCGCGCACGUGUGUCGCACGCAUGUGCAAGGAAGACACAGCGUAAUAUUCAAUCAGAGGCAGGGUGGUGGUAUGGUAGCUAGGGGAGUUGAUCAGUAGUGAGUGGCGGCGCCGAUGUCCGUGGCCGACCGAUCGGCUGUGCGCGUACGUACGUACGUACGUUUCGCCAAGGGGUAUAUAUAUCGUGUCAUAAUGUUAUUACUCAUGUGGCGAUAGAUGGAUGGAUGGAUGGAUGGUGGUGUAGAUAUCAUAAAGUGCAUGCAUAGCAUAAAUGUAGCUCGGAACUUUCGGUGUCUGUC